UGCAUCAGAUUCUGUCAUUUGAUACUGAUGAUAUUAUAUUAUAUUCAUCAUUUAAAACAAUUUGAGUAAUAAUUACUGUAUUAAUAAUACCUUUUUCCUGUUUAUGAUAGCUCAAAAUAUUAAAAAUGUAUAAAUAUUACAAUAGGAAUACCGUAAUAACUUCGUAUUAACACCAUGUAUUUGCAGUUACACUAAGCAUUCCUGUCAAUAAAUCUUGCACGGUAAUACUAGCAGAAACAAGUGACCGGGUAAGACUGUUCCAAAACAGUAGAUUUGUUAAUCGAAUAUCAUUAAUAGUACAUAAAAAUAAUCUGUUUGAAAUGUUUGUGCAUUUUUUUAAAACAACUUGGAAAUUUAUAAUUAUAUUUCUGUUUUGAAACCAUUUUGGAUCCGCUGAUCCUCAUAGAUGGUUCCUUGCUAUUCAGACAUGGCGUUGUGAACUGGAUGGUCUGAUUGUUAUGAAAAAGACCCUCAUAAUCCCACUACAGUUGUUUUGUUUGCAUUUGAUCCAGAUGACUUUUACUUGUUUCUUUAUCUUGUGUGUAUUUUUGUACACUCUUCGUCAUCUUAAUCUUACGUACCUUCACUUCAUAUUAAUGUAUCUUAUCGUCAUUUUGCUUCUUACAGAACACAAGAUAGUAAUUGUGGGUCUCGAUAAUGCCGGAAAAACUACGAUAUUAUACCAAUUUUUAAUGAAUGAAGUAGUGCACACGUCACCGACGAUUGGAAGCAACGUGGAAGAGGUGGUGUGGAAAAAUGUUCAUUUUAUCAUGUGGGAUCUCGGUGGACAAGAGACGUUACGGGCAACAUGGAACACUUACUACAGUAAUGCAGAGUUCCUCAUAGUCGUGAUUGACAGUAUGGAUCGAGAGAGACUUCUUCUGACAAAAGAAGAAUUAUGGAAGAUGUUAGCUCAUGAGGUAAUUUGUUUUCAAUAAUUUUGAUCUAUAAACGCCAUGUUGUUUUCAGUUUGCAUAUCAUUGAUAUUUAUCAUUAACUAAUUGUUAUUAAGAGCAUUCAUUUGAGAAACAAAAGUAGUUGUUCAAAUUAGUCUCAAGAACAGAGUUAGAUAGAUGAAAUCCAAGACCAGAUAUGGAAACCUUGGGCAGAACGUCCCGAUUAACUAUAUAUAAACUUGCGAUGCAAACUAGAAGUCACAUUAUUUCAAUUCAGAACUUUCCUCUGAAAGCAGUUAAUAGAUCCGGCACAAAUGUAUUGUUAAAGGAAAAAGUAUGAUAUAUCGAGGCAACAUACUACAGUAUUUAUUUGAAGUGGAGAGCAUAUAUCUUAAAUUAAAUAAAUUAAAAAUUGCAGCCCGACAAUGUGACAGUAAAUAAUUGUACAUUAAUGAUUUGUUUUUCUCUGUGAUUCCCUGUACAUUCUAGUAUUGAAUAUAUUGUUUC